GCCUGAACCUCUCCAGCUCCUUCCAUUUCCUCCGCGCGAACCGCUGCGCCAUGGUGGAGGGCCUCUCGGAGCUGGUUGCCUUCGCCGGGAUCUCCGUGCCCGCGCGGGCCAAGUUUGUUGGUCGCUUUCUGGCGACCACCACCUUCGGAGCCCUGACCUUCGGUCUGGUCUGCGGUCAGCUGGGGGUGAUGUUGGCGCUCGGCCCUCUGGUGCCCUUCAUGCUGGGCGCCUGGACUGGCUACUCCCUCUCUGUGGUGUCGUUUUGGCGCUCGGAGGUGGCCAACGCCCUGAGCCACGCGCAGCACUACCCCCGGCUCUUGGAAUACGCCAUCCGCACGGAGUUUAAGUGGGCGCAGCUCCCGCAGGACGUCGGGCCGGAUCGCUUGGAGAAGUGGGCGAGGAGCAGCGUGGCGGCGCUGAGCUGGUGCAUCUUGGCCUCCCUCAGCUGCCAGCCCAUGAUCGAGGAGCACCAGGAGGAGAAGCGUAAGGAACGCCUGGAGAACGCAGACACGAGCGAGUGAGCAUCUGCCGACAUCUCUUAUGGUUGGGUUUGGGUCGACAUGAGCCAGACCCCACCUGGGACGGAAGUCUCAGAUCUCGCUUGCGUU